GAUCGCCACAUGGCUCAAGGACUGCAGAACGCCUCUGGGAGCCUCCCUGGAUGAGCAAAGCAAUCCUCUGUUGAAGGGCAUGCUGGUGAGAAAUGGAGGAAGUUUUGAAGAUGACUUAUCCCUGGGAGCCGAAGCUAAUCAUCUACGGAGUGAUACCCCGGCGGAAGCAUGGUAA